UUUUUUACUUGAUUUCCAUUGAGAGAGUCUCAGGGACAAAGAAAGAGAAAACCGCCACCACCCAACAGAAACAACCACCACUCCAACCCCCUCUCCUUUCUCUUUCUUCCUCAGCUUCUCUCUUAAAGCUCUUCCCUUUCAUGGCUUUUUCCAGCUUUAACUAGGGUAAAAUCAAAAACCCAUUACCUUUUUAGCUUUUUCUAAGCUAUAGAGAUUCCAUUUUCUGGGUUUUGCCAUUCUUUUUGUCUGAUUUCAAUCUAGAAGUUUCGUAGAUUUGAAAGGAAAGAAAAAAUAGUAUCCUUUUUAUCUUCAGGGAAAUGGGAAUGGGGGAAAGCUUCGUUUUUUAGCGGGUUGUUCUUCUGUUUGUUUGUUCUUUUUUCUUUUUGAUCAACUUUUCUGUUGAGGAUUUGGUUGGAAAGCCUAAGGAUGUUUUAGCUUAAGUUGGAGAGUGAAUAAAGAUUGAGUCUUUUCGAAAUGUAGGUGGAUGUGAAAGCUUCAUCAAGCCUGAGAAUUUUGGAAAGUUUGAAACUUUGUAGGUUCUGCACACUGUGAACUUGACUAGCUUGCUGGGUUUUCAGCGCUGACCCAUGAAGAAUUUUCGCUGGUUUAAACAAAUCUCCAAUAAUGGUAAAUUAGAGAGGAGGCUUUCGCUUGGGGAGUACAAGAGAGCAGUUUCUUGGUCCAAGUAUUUGGUGUCAUCAGGGGCAGAGAUAAAGGGAGAAGGGGAGGAAGAAUGGAGUGCAGAUAUGUCACAGUUGUUCAUUGGCUGCAAGUUUGCAUCUGGGAGACAUAGCAGGAUCUACAGAGGGAUAUAUAAACAGAGAGAUGUAGCAAUUAAGCUCAUAAGCCAGCCUGAGGAGGAUGCAAACUUGGCUAAUAUGCUUGAGAAGCAGUUCACUUCAGAGGUUGCUUUGCUGUUUCGAUUGCGCCAUCCUAACAUCAUCACUUUUGUUGCAGCCUGCAAGAAACCUCCCGUAUUUUGUAUAAUCACUGAGUAUCUAGCUGGGGGGUCAUUAAGAAAAUACCUCCAUCAGCAGGAGCCACAUUCACUUCCUCUCAACUUAGUUCUGAAAUUAGCUCUUGACAUUGCACAUGGGAUGCAAUACCUUCAUUCUAAAGGGAUACUUCAUAGGGAUCUCAAAUCAGAAAACUUACUGCUUGGGGAAGAUAUGUCUGUUAAGGUAGCAGAUUUUGGUAUCUCAUGCUUAGAAUCUCAAUGCGGCAGUGCCAAGGGAUUUACAGGUACUUACCGUUGGAUGGCACCUGAAAUGAUCAGAGAGAAACAUCAUACAAAGAAAGUUGAUGUUUACAGCUUUGGUAUAGUCCUCUGGGAGCUUUUGACUGCAUUGACACCAUUUGACAACAUGACCCCGGAACAAGCUGCAUUUGCAGUCUGCCAAAAGAAUGCUAGACCGCCACUACCCCCAACGUGCCCUGUUGCAGUUAGUCAUCUCAUCGGCAGAUGCUGGUCAAGCAAUCCUGGUAAAAGGCCUCACUUCGAUGAGAUAGUUUCGAUUUUGGAAAGUUAUGCAGAGUCAUUGGAGCAGGAUCCAGAAUUUUUCUCAUCCUACAAUCCUUCUUCAGAUCAUACAGUUUUCCAAUGCUUACCAAAGUGUUUUGCCUUCCACCGGUCUGCUUCUUGAAAAGCCUAGAAACCCUUCAGGAAUUAUGUCUAAUGUUAAAUGUAGCGGAUUCUUUUCUGCUUGUUAAACAUGUAGGAACUGGAACAGUUCCUAUAAUUGCUACUUUAUGCUUAUGCUUAUAUAUACCACUCUUUUCGUUUCUAUCCUUCACCUGAACAUCUUCUGCUGCCAUUCUCAAGAAUCAUGAAACUUUCUAAACGUUGUUGUUAGAGUACACGAGUAGGUGCAGUGGUGCGUCUGCGUGUAGAUUGUCGUUUGAAGGUGUUUUCUACAUUUCCAAGCGCGAAUUAACAACAAAGACAGUUUGGCCGAGUGGUCUAAGGCGCCAGAUUUAGGCUCUGGUCCGAAAGGGCGUGGGUUCAAAUCCCACAGCUGUCAUCUUCUCCAUUUUUUGCUUUUGGGAACAUAACACUUUACCUCCUCCAAGUUUGAAGACUUGUGCACUUGACACCAUUUAGUAUUCUGGAAAGGAGCAUUUGGUUAAUUCUUU